AUGGUGCGAACGCGCCCCCGAAACAAAACGCGGCGCGUAGCCGUCAUAGACUACGGCUCGGACGGCGAGCCGCCCGAGGCCCACGAGGACCCCGAUGAUGACAAUUUUGAGGCGCCCCCACCUGACCCGGAAGACGAUGAAGACGACCGCAUGGACCUCGACGGCGGCGGCGACGAUGAUUUUGAGGCAGAAGACCCGUCGUCACUUGCAAUUGACGCGGGCAACCGGGAUUUCGACGAUGAGGAUGACGAACGCCCCGCGUACACCAGCUCAGCCGGCCUGCGCAAACGGCAGACGGACAUGGCGGCGCUGGAGAAGUACCAUGCCGACGGGCGCCCGACACGGUAUUACACCGGCGCGCUGAAACGCGGUCAGAGGAAUCAGAUCUUGGACUACUUUUACGGGCCUGAUGAGGAAGCGAUCGGGAUUGCGGGAUGGUUGUUGAGUCGGUGGGCGGCGUACGGGGUCUUGCCGAGUAAGGUGCCUGGCGGCGAUGCUUGUCCUGUGUCGAGUCCUUGGCUUGAGGAGGGGCAUUUGGAGGAGCAAGCUGAAGUCUCGAAAGUGUGGUUUGCGAGGGUAAGCGGUGGAGAGGGGGUGACGGGCGCGGAGAGGGAGAUGAGUCGUGAGGAGGCUGAGGAGUGGAGGGUGAAGCCCGACGGCGAAUUAAAAACGGUUCUUGGACCGUACCCGGAGCAGAAGGAGGUGAAGAUUGCGCCACAUGAGUUCUUGGUGCUUUCUGAAUUCGGGCUGCCCAUGGAAGGAGAGGCGGAUGAGAAGGUGGCUGGGUGGAUGUUCGAUGUUGGUGGCCUUGUGAUCGGUAUGGACUGGGCUCUCAGAGGAGAAGGGGACUCGCAGAUUCUCGCGCUCGCUGUCAGUCCGCACACUGACCAGCAGCUCGAUGCCGAGGAUGCCGUUGAUGAGCAGAAGGGCACUAUACAGCUGUGGGAGCUCCACGGUCGGACGGACAAGAACGGCAUGCUAUACCCGCAGAACCGCUCUGCAAAGCUGGCCCGGACUGUCUGUUCGGAAUGGGGAAGAGUUAAGAGAAUCAAGUGGUGUCCCAUCCCAUUCACGGACGAUGGCUCACUGGGUCUGAUGGCACUACUCUGUGGCGAUGGUCAAGUCCAUGUCGUCUCAAUCAAGGACAUCGAUGAUGACGAGCAAGACUCCUUCACAAAACUCGAACACGAGAUCGUAUCCCUGGGCCUCCCCUCGGAAACAAACGUCACAGUAACCUGUUUCGCCUGGGUCACCACGAACCGCCUCGUAACAGGUCACUCCGACGGCUCUCUCACCCUAUGGUCUAUCGCCCCGCGCGUCUGCCUGUCCCGUCACGACGUGCACUCCACCUACGUGAUGCACAUCGACACCGCCUACCCGUCAAACCCAUACCUCGUCGCCUCGACCCCAAUCGCCGGCUACACCACUCUCGUCGACCUGUCCGACCCAUCCUGUGAAAGAACGAGCUUCCCCUGCUUCGCUAUCAGCCCGCAGCCGAACCUCCUGCAGUGGAAUGAUCAUCUUAGAGGAUUCUUUAGUACGGUGCCCUCUGCGAACCCGCUGAACGCGUCAGUCGGGUUCAUCCACUCGAGAUGGUACGCGGCGCAGGUGCGGAAGGUCAUGGACGGGGACAGGCUGCCCACAUGUCUUGCGGUGGGCCUGCACCACCCAUUCGUGCUGGUUGGAUACCUCGACGGAACGGUUUGGGCCGCGAAUCCCGGGAACAGGAUCUUUGCUUCAAAGCAUCACUUUGGGCACAAGAUCAAGGUGUUGGAGCACACAUACAUCCCGCGCGAGAGGCUACCACCAUCGGUCCAGCAAGUGAAUGGCAACGAGCAGGGAUGUCGCGGCGUGUCAAGGAUCUUGCAAGGCUUCCGCCCGGUUCCCAAUGUCAACCCUAAGGUGGAUACAUGGAAGAGCAAGGUCGCAACCAACAAGAAGAAGGACAAGAAAGGCAAGGGAAAGGCCAAGGGGAAAGCUAAGGGCAAAGCCAAGGCUGGUGCAGUGGAGGAAGAAGAGGAUGCGGACGUGCAGGGCGGCCAGGAGGAGGGCGACGGACACUUUGCUGAUCCGACGAGAGCCGUUCUCUCGGAAGCGUUGACGAGAGUCACAACUAUGGCGUGGAACCCGAACCAGGAGACCUCGUGUUGGGCUGCAGUGGCGAUGGCCUCGGGCCUAGUGAGGGUGAUGGAUCUGGGCGUAGAGUGCUAG